GCAGCAACGGGGCAAGCGACAGUGUGUCUCCUCUCUAUAAGAGCAGGAAGGGGAAAGAGUGAAACAAAGCGUCAAAGCUGUCCAGCGCGGCGCCCACAGGGCAAGGCUCCAAGCGUACCAUACAGAAGAACGAAAAAAUAAAGGACAGAUUCAUAUUUAUCAAGUGACAGUGUUCCAGGGAUACUGAGAUUGCUGCGGAGUCUGACAUGCACUGGCAGAAACCGCCAAAGGAGAAGCUGUGUUACCCUCCGCCCACUGUAAAGAAACUGCUGGAGCAGAAGCGCAAGCGAGAGACCAUCUCUGCAAGCACUGGGACCCCCGCUGCCAGCCCCUCAGUGCCAACACCAGUUCAAGGUAUCGAACCAGGUCAGAGUAGCUUCCCGGAGAGCAUGGGUGCCGCUGGUCCUGUCCCCCAGACUGGGUUUAAUGAAUGGCAACAGUCCCAGCCAUCCCCUCCCACCCAGCACAACUACUACCCCCAGGAAGAAUAUUUCCAUUACAGCCCCCCCAUCCCCGGAGCGUACCCGCCCAUGAGCAGCAGCUACAGUCCUGUGCAGACGCCCCCUGAAUUGCAUAAUUUUGAUGAACAUGUGUCUUCUCCAUUGGUGGCUAUGGCUUUGCCUCAAGCCUCCAGUUUCCACUGGCCGCAGCAGACAGGAGGGCAGUGCCAGGGGACCGCAGGGAUCCACCUCUUCGGGGCAUCUGCGAUGCAGAUGGACAGUGGGCAGCUGGAGGCGGCCAGGAUGUUCAUCCAGAGAUUGGACAUCAGCAAGAAGGUGUGGCAGGACGAGGACGGAGACACGAUCCUGCACAUCUACACAGCAAAGGGCUUGAGAGAGUUUGCGUAUGCAGCUGCGGAGCACCUCCGUGAGCUGGGAAAGCUGGACUCUAAAGAGCACAAGGGGAAGACUCCUCUGCUGGUAGCGGUCACAGCCAAUCAGCCUGCAAUCGUUCAGGACCUGAUUUCUCUGGGCGCUGAUGUCAAUGCCUGUGAUAUCAAGGGGCAGACGGCUCUCCACCUCGCGGCGACGUAUGGCUUCCCUUCCGUCAUGCGGGCUGUUCUGUAUGGAGGACUAAGCAUGCCCGUUGAUCUGGAGAUUCGCAACUUUGAAGGCCUGACCCCGCUGCACUGUGCUGUCAUCUCCCACAGCUCCACCCUGAAAAGCCUGGCUUCCCAGCCAGAUAUGCAGAGCCAGGCCCAGGACAAGCUGAGCUGCAUUCACCUGCUCCUGCAGCACGGAGCUUCACCCAUCAGCCAGGAUAUAAAGAGCAACAAGACUGUGCUUCACUUGGCUGUGAAGGAGGGGAACCUGCCUCUGGUUCAAUUCCUCUUGGAGCUCAACUAUCCGGAAAUGUACAACUUUGUCAACAUGAAGGCCCAUGGCAACACUGCACUGCACAUGGCGGCUGGGCUCCAUGGUCACUGCUACCAGGAGGAUAUUGUGCGCCUGCUGCUGAGCCGAGGGGCCGAUCCCAGCAUCCGCAACCUGGAGAAUGACCAGGCAGCCCACCUGCUGCAGCCUGGAGAGAGGGGGGAGCAGCUCAAGCACAUCCUGAAAAAGGGCAGAGUGAUGUCAUCCUCUCGUCGCAGAAUCGUCUCCUUAUAGGACAGACAUUGACCCGGACUAUUUUCAGUCCCCGACGUAUUUUCCGGCAUCUCCUGGAAGAAUGUACCGUAUCUCCCAACGAGAGCUUCAGAAUUCAAAUAGUAAUAUCUUCUUAUUUAUUAAACUGCUUAUGUACAAGUUAGUAAGUUAUGCUAUUUAAUAUUUGUGGGUUUUUUUUAUCGUCAGGUUUAUUCCAUUUGCUUUUAUUAGAAAGCUGGUUUUAAAUGUUAACAGCGUCUGUUGGAAAGGAAUCUUCAUGUAUUGUACCGCGUCCAAAACAGUUGCUUUUACACAAACCCGGCGAAGCAUUAGAGAAGGAUUUGCAUUUUCUAAUACAAGCUGGCUUGCAGAGAGAUGAUUGGUGAUUACAGUACUGCUGAGUUUGAUGUUUUUUACAAGACCUCUUCCAUGGUGGAGUUAUUCUGCAAACAGGCUGAUAGUUAGAACACACUGAAGGUACAAUGAUGAUACUGUUUCCAAAUAUUUCCUAUCGGUUUACUAUCCUAUUGUGAGCAUUCAGUACGAUUCUCUUCUGUACAAUUCUGCUCAGAUCAUCAUUUGCCAAACUUGCCAACUAUACUAUCUGAUUAUGAGAAGGUGACAUGGGGAAGCAUGGUCUUCACAUCCUGGCUUUGUUGCCCAACAGAAUGCUAAUAUGCUUCUCCUGCACCUCACUUGAGGAGUCUUUUAAGAAGCAUGUUUUUUUUUCUGGAAUAGUUAGUAAGCCUGGCAAAUAAUGAUCUAAGUGGGAUAUAAGGGACGUGUGGAGGUUAUCCCUGUAUUCCCUGUAUUGCUCUCCUUAUUGACUUCACUAAAUACAAUACACACCAGCUAUCUCACUUCUUUAAAAACUGGCCUUCAGUGUGCUCAUUAUCUCUGCAUUGUAGUAAAAUAGCUUCACCAUUAGGAAACAGAGGAGGGGGAGAUACUACUGGAUUGGAUGAAGAGAGAUCCACUAAAAAAAUGUUGCUAGUAUUAAUAUUUAUGUGUAAGUAAUGCCUGGAGAGCUCUCGCUGUUAGAAGGCUCUCUCCACAGUGCCCCUACUGGAGAAAUCUGAUAUUCCCAGGCAGUUUAAAGCCCCUACGAAUCAGUAUGUGACCCCCAAGGUUUGCAUGCCAGACUACACAGGUAUAUAUUCCUAACCAUGAGGACUUCCCCCCUCACCAGAACAGAUCUGAUUUCUGUGAAAUCGUUUCAUUACAGCAACUUGGUGUGACAUCAAGACAGUGACUUAUUUGUGAAAAAGAAUCAAGUAAAUAAAUAACUAUCUUAAUCAAAACCCCAAAUUCCCCUCCCUGCUAGGACCAUGUUGGUCAUGAUGGGAGUGAUUCAUGUAACUGUAUCAGUGCGGUGAUAGGGGUUAAGCUUCAAAUAGGACUUUGUGUUUUCUUAUUUUAAUCUUAUUUAUUGUAUUAGUUGUUUUUGUUGGUUUGUAAUCUGAUGUCACUUCAUCUGUGAAUCCCUAAUGAAUCCCACAGGAAUAACACCUGAAUAUCUUCUGCACUUCCUCUGAGUUCUGCAGUCAUUCAUUUUGAA